AUGGCGCCGACGGGUAACGAAGGGCAUUGGUCUGUCGUUGAUUUCCUUCACAGAGGAUACUGGUGGCAGAACCGAGGCAUUCUUCUGCUAAACAUAUGCCUUUUGACCCCCCUCAUGACAUCAGUGGCCAAUGGCCUUGAUUCUUCUCUAGUAAAUGGUCUUCAAAUUUUACCGGAAUGGCAGUCAUCUUUUGGUUUUCCUAAAGGCCGAACGUUAGGUGUCAUAAACUCCGCCCAAUUUUUAGGAAAUCUAACUGGACUACCAUUUACACCAUACCUCUCUGAUAUUCUUGGACGGCGCGCAGCACUGUUCAUUGGCAGCCUGAUCAUGUGUCUGGGCGUAGGUUUACAGGCUGCGGCAUGGAGUGUACCAAUGCUAAUUGGUGCACGUUUCACCAUUGGCUUGGGUCUCUCGUUUUGUCAAAAUGCAUCACCGCUACUGUUAAUCGAACUCGCCUACCCAACACAUCGCGGAAAACUAACGUCCAUGUUCAAUUCAUGUUGGUACAUUGGAAGCAUCAUUUCUGCGUGGGUUUGCUAUGGUGCAUAUCGGCAUGCUGGCGAAAGCGAAUGGUCGUGGCGAGUACCGACACUCGUGCAAGCCAUUUGUCCGGUGAUCCAGCUUGUCAGUAUUUGGUUCGUUCCCGAAUCACCACGAUGGCUCGUUUCAAAAGGUCUGGAAUCGAAAGCGUCAAAAGUCCUAGCGAAGUAUCACGCACACGGUAGUGAUGAGAGAGACCCUUUGGUUACCUUCGAAAUGGCGCAAAUACGCCAUGCAAUCCGUAUGGAAGAGGAUAUUAACAAGAGCACGUCAUAUCUCUCCCUAUUUUCCACUCCUGGCAACAGAAAACGUAUGCGCAUUAUUCUGGCUAUUGCUGUUUUUUCUCAGUGGAGUGGAAACGGUUUGGUGUCAUACUAUAUUGACAUAGUCCUCAAGGGUGUCGGAAUCACAGACACUGAAACCAAGUCAAUAAUAAAUGGGUCUCUCCAAGUGUUCAAUUUUGUGAUCGCCAUGGGCGCCGCCUCGCUUAUCGAUUUUGCUGGUCGUCGCCCACUUUUUAUCAUCUCGAAUUCAGGGAUGCUUAUUACUUUCUGUGCCUGGACUAUUACUACCGCUCUUUACAAUACCAUGGAUAAUGCUGCAGCAGCCAAAGCGACCAUUCCACUCAUUUUUCUAUUCUACUUUUUCUACGACCUCGCCUACACACCCAUGCUUGUCGCCUAUACCCUUGAGAUUUUGCCAUUCCGCGUUCGUGCUAAAGGAUUUGCAAUCAUGAAUUUGACAAUUAUGGCCACCGUCGCCUUCAAUCAAUUUAUCAACCCGUGGGCACUGGAGGCAAUUUCAUGGUGGUACUAUAUCGUCUAUUGCGGAUUCCUUGUCUUCGAACUCGGUUUCAUCCUUGUCUUCAUUGUGGAAACAAAAGGAAGAACAUUAGAAGAAACAGCAUCUCUGUUUGACGGGGAUGAGCAACCAGCAGACCUCGUUUCUAUGGGAGGCGUAGCCGCCGAUAUGUCGAUGAGGCUUAGCCAGGGUGUAAUUGUGACGCAGACUGAAAUCCAGUACAGAGAAAGGGCUCCAGAGUUGGGACGGUCGGAGGACAAACUUUACGAACAUUACGAAAUGAAAAAGCGAUACCGGGAUUCUGACAUGACGACGUCAAGUUCAGAUCUCCACAACUCGCGCGCUUUCUGA